AAGAACUCAAAAUCCCAGAAACAACCACCAGAGAAAAUUUGCUUUUGCGCGGAAACGCAAGUCAAGGGAUACAACCAAUGUCCUCACCUGGAGCAGAGGAUGACGAUGAGGUGGAGUUUGUGUCAGAGGCUCCCCUCAGACCUGUACUGGAAUGUAUAGAUUUGCUGAGCGAAGGGGAAGAUGAUGAAAGUUCACCCAUGGCAGAGACAGUGAGUGUCAAAUUGACCGGACAGAGGGCUCAGGUCACAUCCACUUUGGACAGACUGGCACGGCAAGUGGCGUCGGCCAAAAAGGAAAGGGCAGAGAAGUGUAGAGCCUUCAAGGAGAAGCAAAUGUCCCAGAAGGCUCAUGGGAAGCAGGAGUUGGCAAUUAAUGCCACUGGACACACUAAUGAUGCCAAGCGCUGUGUGGACAUGUGGUUAAAGAUGCCAGUUGUCCGCUCUCAGGUGUCACGAGUGGAAGCAAGCUGGCGGAGCCAAAUCAGUCUUCCCUCCCAGGAGUAAAUCAAGCCACACAUACCCUGUCCAGUCAUCAACUGUGGUCGGGUUUACGACAAUGUCCCACUGCUGGAAGGUCAUUUGAAAAGGUUCGACCACUCUCCUUGUGAUCCGACCAUCCACUUGAGAGGAAGUCCGGCUGAGCUCCAGGCCUGUGUAGCGUGUGGUCUGCAUUUUGAAACCAAAGAGGCUUGGAAGGUGCAUCAGAGGUCAAAGCUGUCCUCCAGUGAUCGAGGCCAUAACUCCAGUCGGACCUGCCAGUCGAUCGUGUGCUUCGCCUGUCCUUCUUGUUAUCUUCUCUUCUACAUCAGGGAUGAGUGUCUCCAGCACAUGUCAGCCAAAAACCACUGCUCUCAAGCCAUCGUCAUGAGUGAAACUAAAGGGACAGCUAUGCCAGUUCCCAUUCCACGAUAUGCAAAGAAUCGUCUCAUUGCUAUGUGUAAGGAGGUCUCCUUCAGCGUCAGAUGUACACAUUGCCGAAAGGCAAUUCAUUCACACAUGGAAGCACAGGCCCACUUCAAUGUCCAGUGCAGACAGGGCGGUGCCCGGGCUGAGGCAGAGAAGACCGUGGUGCAGGUCAUGAAACAGCUGCAGGCCCUGGGCCAGUGCUACGAGUGCGGCCAACUGUUCACCAAACCCGGCCAAGCGGACAGACACAAAGAAUUGAAUCAGCACGACGUCGAGGUCAACGGGACCAUGGAGAGGGCGAUUCUGCACUACUGCAAUUUCUAUGAAAUCCAACACGCCAAGAGGGCUUCGGCUGCGGGGACAUCGGGGCCCCGGCAGUUCAAAGGGCCCGGAGCUGCAUCUCAGAAGGACAAGAACUGGGCCGAUUCCGUUCGAUCCCCGGCCAAGCGCCCGAGACUCUGUGGGGGUGCGAAUGGCAGCGCUGGGCCCACGGGAAGUGGCCUGAAGGUGGCCUGGUUCUGCGAGUGUGGCCAGCGCUUUUCGGAGGAGGCCCUGGCCACCAAGCACCUCUUAGCUGCCAAUCAGAUCUUCCAUCAGUGCGGCGUGUGCGGAAAGCAUAUGGGCGAGUCGUCCAUCACUCGCCUGCACAUGAGCCGCUUUCAUGGCGGCGCCCACCUCUCCAACUUCCUGUUCCACUGCCGACUGUGCAAGGUGGACAUGCCGCGCCACGAGGACAUCCUGUCGCACGUGGCAGAAUCCCACCGCGGACACACCUACUUCAGUGAGAGGGAGGUGCCAGUCGAGGAGCCUGCUCCGAUUCCCGACGCCCAACCCUCCACCAGCGGAGGGCCCCGUGCGCCCACCGAGUCCCGGAAGAGAAGCGCGCCUUUCCCGCCGCCGCCGCCCGAGCAAGACGAGCGGUGGAUGUGCCGGAUGUGCGAGGACGUCUUCCCCACCGAGAGGGCCGCGCACAAGCACUGCCGAGACGUGCGCAACCACAGUUUCCAGAGGUUUGUCUGCGGCCACUGCCCGCAGAAGUUCUUCAAGGAGGCCACGCUGCGCAGGCACUGCGUGAACGAGCACCAGGGUCAGGUGGUGACGCGCUACUUCUGCGGCCUCUGCGACAGCAUGGAGUACGACACCGAGGAGGAGUUCCAGCAGCACUACAGUGGCCUGCACAGCAAGGACUACUACCGCAUGGACGAGCCUGAGGAGAGGCCCCUGGGGAGGCCCGCGGAGGCCCCCAGCCCCAGCCAGCUGACACUUACCAAAGAAAGCAGUGAAUGUCCGUGCAUGUCGUCCGACAAGGACAAGGUGGAACGGAAGGCCACCUUUACGCGGUGCGUGAAGCGUCUGUCCCGGGAGGGCCGGUGCCGCUUUGUGUGUCCACCGUGUGGCGUCCGCGUGUCGUCCUUCGCCCAGGUCAUGACUCACGUCCACACCCGGCAUGACGCCUUGGGGCUGGGGAAGAGCUUUGACGUGGUGUGCGGAGCCUGUCAGGAGAGCCAUAAAGACGUGCCCAGUUUCCAUAACCACUACCACUCCCGGCACUGCCCUCUGGAUCCCUGCUGCAGUUCCAGGGGUGGAGGUGGUACAGACGCUGAUUCAUCCUCUGCUGUGAAGAUGAAGCCCCAAGGAAAUGAUGAAUCUGAGGAGGACAUCAAGCGUGCCUUAGCUUUAAGUGUGAAAGAAGCAAGGGAGCCAGAUGAAAUUGAUAUUGAGAUGGAAGAAGCUCUCAAAAGAAGCCUUCUUGAAUAUUGAUCAACCAGUAAACUUCAAACGUGUUUGGUUUAUGGGAUUUAUUUUUGUUUCACUUAACAUCAGCCACUUUCAAAAUUGCAUCACUUAACUUGAGAACACAGGACCUACAAGACCUAUGUAAGUUCAACACUGUUUAGUGUAAUGACAAAAUUAUAAAUACAGAAUGUAUUACAAAAUUAUAGUUACAGGUUCUCAGUGAAAGCAGUAAUGUUUUAAAGGUAAAGAUUAUGGCACACCAUGUUUGCAUCUUUAUCUAAGGUUUAAUUAAAUAAAGAUGUUAAGUAUU